UAGGCAUCGAAAGUUGACCCUUCAAUCUCAAAAUCUCCAUUCAAAAUAGAAACUGUACACCAAAAAAAAAAAAAAGGAAGACAGGACUUCAAUACUGACCAAAGAAGCUCAAAAUUCACUUUCAUCUUGUCUUCUCGUUACAGCCUCAAUCUAUCAAGAGAAACGAACAGGGGAUAACAGCUAUCCACAAAUUGCAUUGCAUGGUUGUUUUGUACGAGUAAUCAUCAGAAUUGUGUUUGGCUUAUUGUUGAAAAGCUUGUCCGAUCUGAAAUUUCAUACAAUGGAUACCAUGGCUUCAAAUGUUUUGCAAUUACUGGAUAGCACUUUGGAGAGGGUGACAUCGGCUUUGGAUUUUCCAUCUGCGAGAGCUGUUGUUUUUGGUGUUCAUAUUGGAGGGCAUCUUUUUGUGGAGGUUCUUCUUUUAGUGGUCAUUCUUUUUCUUCUUUCCCAGAAAAGUUAUAAGCAUCCUAAGCGGCCCUUAACAAAGAAGGAAAUAGACGAGCUAUGUGAUGAAUGGGUUCCAGAAUCCCUUAUUCCUCCUAUUACAGAUGAGAUGCGAUAUGAGCCACCAGUAUUGGAAAGUGCUGCUGGGCCACAUACCAUAAUCAAUGGCAAAGAUGUUGUAAACUUUGCCUCAGCUAAUUAUCUUGGUCUAACAGGGCACGAGAAACAAAUUGAUUCAAGUACCUCGGCCAUGGAAAAAUAUGGUGUUGGUUCCUGUGGUCCUCGUGGGUUCUAUGGAACAAUUGAUGUCCACCUUGAUUGUGAGGCCAGAAUAGCCAAGUUUCUGGGAACUCCUGAUUCAAUUAUCUAUUCAUACGGACUUUCCACUAUGUUCAGUACAAUUCCAUGUUUUUGCAAAAAAGGAGACAUAAUUGUUGUGGAUGAGGGAGUCCAUUGGGGAAUACAGAACGGCCUGUAUCUUUCCAGAAGCACCAUUGUGUAUUUCAAGCACAAUGACAUGGAAUCUCUACGAAAUGCUUUGGAGAAAAUUACAGUAGAGAACAAGCGGGCCAAGGAGUUGCGACGCUAUAUUGUAGUUGAAGCUGUGUACCAGAACUCUGGCCAAAUAGCCCCUUUAAAUGAGAUCAUCAGAUUGAAGGAGAAAUAUCUCUUCCGUGUUUUGUUGGAUGAGAGCAACUCAUUUGGUGUGCUUGGCAGGUCUGGGAGAGGUCUUACUGAAUACCAUGGGGUGCCGAUUGAGAAGAUAGAUAUUGUUACUGCAGAUAUGGGCCAUGCAUUAGCCACUGAAGGAGGAUUCUGCACUGGAAGUUCCAGAGUCGUCGAUCAUCAACGACUUAGCAGUUCUGGAUAUGUGUUUUCUGCUUCUCUUCCACCAUAUCUUGCAAGCGCUGCAAUUACCGCUAUCGAUGUUCUGGAGGAUAAUCCUGCUUUAAUAGAAAAAUUGAAAGAAAACAUUGCCAUCUUGUGGAAAGGAUUGUCCAACAUACAGGGUCUCUCUAUAAGCAGCAAUCCUAAAUCGCCUAUUGUUUUUCUCAACCUAGAGAAGUCCACAGGUUCCACUAAAGAUGACCUUAAACUCCUUGAAGCUAUGGCUGAUCGGGCAUUGAAGGAAGACUCUGUAUUUGUUGUAACCACAAAGAGAUCAACACUUGAUAAAUGUCGUUUGCCUGUGGGAAUCAGAUUGUUUGUAUCUGCCGCUCAUUCAGAUUCUGAUCUGCUCAAGGCAUGUGAAUCCUUGAAGAGGGUUGCAGCAUUGGUGCUGAUGAAUCAAUGAUUGAGUGCUGUACAUCAGACCGAUCCCUCUUUUCUUUUACCUCAACGGCCUUACUGGACUGCAUCAGAUUUUUCACGUGGCUUUCAUCCAUCAAAUACUCUUCAGAUCCAGGCCAAGGUAGACUUUUAGUGAGAGAGGUUGGUGGAUGUUGAUAGUUUAUGGAAAUCUCUUGUGAUUAUUUUGAGUUAUAUUUUUGUCUUAGAUUUAACAAAUCUGCAUGAUUUGUCAUAGAAUUGAUUCCACUGUUAACGAGGUUGACAACGAUCUGUUGAUUACAACACUAUCAGAUUGUAUUUAUUGUUCCAAGCAAGGGUUUUAGAAUAUUAGUGUUA